AUGGCUACCAAGUCGAAGAUGCCCUAUGUCCGUCUCGGAAAUUCCGGGCUCAAGGUCUCCAAGAUCAUUUUGGGAACCAUGUCGUAUGGUCAUCCCGAGUGGAACGAGUGGGUUCUUGGUGAAGAGGAAGCCAUCAAGCACAUCAAGUUCGCGUACGCCCAUGGCAUCACCACUUUCGACACGGCAAAUGUCUAUUCAAACGGCCUAUCUGAGGUGAUUCUCGGAAACGCCAUCAAGGAGCUUCAACUGCCUCGCGAGGAGCUCGUCAUCCUCACAAAAGGUUUGAAGCCAAUCGACGCCGGCAUCAUCAACCAGCAUGGACUCAGCCGCAAGCACAUCUUUGAUUCAGUGAAGGCGAGCCUGAAGCGCCUCCGGCUCGACUACAUUGAUGUUUUACAAUGCCAUCGUUUUGACUAUGAUACUCCAAUUGAGGAGACGAUGCAAGCGCUGCACGAUGUCGUCAAAGCGGGAUACGUCCGCUACAUCGGCAUGAGCUCCUGCUACGCCUACCAGUUCUUCCAGAUGCAGAACUACGCGAUCACGCACAACCUCACGCCGUUCAUCUGGAUGCAGAACCACUACAACCUCGCUUACCGCGAGGAGGAGCGUGAGACGUUCCCCACACUCAAGCACUUCGGCGUCGGCUCCAUCCCCUGGUCCCCGCUCGCGCGCGGGCUCCUUACCCGGCCCGUCGACGCCGAGUCGAAGCGCGGCAACGUCGACUGGAUGAUCGGACGGUACAAGGCCGAGUCGACGAUGAAGGUGGUCUCGAAGGUGGAGGAGAUCGCGAAGCGCAAGGGCGUGAGUAUGGCGCAGGUCGCGGUCGCCUGGGUCCUGUCGAAGCCGCACGUCACCGCGCCCAUCGUCGGCACGACCAGCCUCGCGAACCUCGAGGACAUCCUCGGCGGGCUGGACGUGAAGCUGACGGAAGACGAGAUCAAGGAGCUGGAGGAGCCCUACAGGCCUCUGGAGGUCGUGGGACACACGUGA